GUUAGUGGAAGCGUGACUAAACUGGCGAUUACGGAAAUAACUGCUUAGGAAGAAUCAAAUAAAUAAAGGAUUAAUAUCGAGUCACCACCUGUGUAAGCCUGUAACACUGUCCACAAUGUCCAGGCAAUCCAGCCGAACAACCGACAGCAAGAAGAUGAACUCUGAGCUGUUCACUCUGACUUACGGGGCCCUGGUCACCCAGCUUUGCAAAGACUACGAGAAUGACGAGGAAGUCAACAAACAGCUGGACAAGAUGGGUUAUAACAUCGGAGUGCGUCUGAUCGAGGACUUCCUGGCACGCUCCAACAUCGGCAGGUGUCAGGAUUUCCGAGAAACAGCCGAUGUCAUUGCUAAGAUUGCAUUUAAAAUGUACCUGGGAAUCACCCCCAGUGUGACCAACUGGAGCCCAGCAGGAGACGAAUUCUCCCUCAUUCUUGAGAACAACCCGCUGGUUGACUUUGUGGAGCUGCCGGAUAACCACAACACGCUGAUUUACUCCAACCUGCUGUGUGGGGUCCUCAGAGGAGCCCUGGAGAUGGUCCAGAUGGCUGUGGAUGUGAGAUUUGCUCAAGACACUCUGAGAGGGGACAAUGUGACAGAAAUCCGCAUGAAGUUCAUCAAGAGGAUCGAAGAAAAUCUCCCGGCAGGAGACGAGUGAUGGAAACGAAAAGCUCCUUCCCUCGACUUGUUGUGUCUCGUUUGGAGAGGACUGAGUAGAUGAAUGAACUCAAAACAUCAAGACAAGUGACGUGCAAAGCCCAGCAGCCCGAAGGAUGUUCACUGUCCUCGCAGCCUCAAGUUCUGGUAUCUUCAUCUCCUGUUUUUUUCUGUCUGUGUUGUUAGAAGAGGAAUGCCGGGAAUUAGAAGAGACAACUGAGAUUUCCAGAGAAAAGAAACACUGUACACCUUUGGUCUCAGCAUCACAUCAUAGCCCUGUUACCUUGAAUAUCUUGGGGGUAAAAAAAAAAAAAAAACAUCAUUGGCAUUGAUUGCCAGUUUGAGGGUAAAGAUUUGUCCCUGAUUGACAGCUGUUGCUGUUGAGGAGAAGAGAAUUCCUCUGAUCAUUUAUCCCUCAUGGAAAGUUUUACUUUUAUUAUCUGUCCUGUUUCUUAAAAGAAUGAUGCCUUUUCAUUUGGCCAUGGGUAGACUGCUUUUUUUUUUUUUUUUUUUUGGUGUGAGGCCUGAAAACCUUAUUCAUUAUGUUUUUAUGUUUGUCUUGCUUGUUUUCUCUUUUUUUUGUAAGAAAUCACACAUUAUAUUGCUGCCAGUUAUGUAUAUGGCAUGUUAAUUUAUGUAGAUGGAUAUGUCAAAU